GCGGCGGAGGAAGGAGGAAGCGCGGGCCCGGGACGCGAAGACAGCGCUGCGGUCCCCGGCGUCCGGCCAUGGCCGCCGAGGGCUCCCGCGCGGGGUCCGCCUCCCCGGCCUGCCCCAAGGCUUCCCUGCCCCUGGCUGCUCUCAACGUGCGAGUGCGCCGCCGCCUGUCUCUGUUCCUGAACGUGCGCACGCAGGUGGCGGCCGACUGGACCGCGCUGGCCGAGGAGAUGGGCUUCGAGUACCUGGAGAUCCGGCACCUGGAGAUGCACGCCGACCCCACGGGCAAGCUGCUGGACGACUGGCAGGGACGCCCUGGCGCCUCGGUGGGCCGCCUGCUUGAGCUGCUCACCAAGCUGGGCCGAGACGACGUGUUGGUGGAACUGGGGCCCAGCAUCGAGGAGGAUUGCCAAAAGUAUAUUCUGAAACAGCAGCAGGAGGAGUCUGAGAAGCCCUUACAGGUGCCUGCUGUUGACAGCAGUGACCCACGGACACCAGAGCGAGGGGGCAUCACCAUGCUUGAUGAUCCCUCAGGGCAAAUGCCUGAGCGUUUUGAUGCCUUCAUCUGCUACUGCCCCAGCGAUAUCCAGUUUGUUCAGGAAAUGAUCCGGCAGCUGGAACAGACAAACUAUCGGCUGAAGUUGUGUGUGUCUGAUCGUGAUGUCUUGCCUGGCACCUGUGUCUGGUCCAUUGCCAGCGAGCUCAUUGAGAAGAGGUGCCGCCGGAUGGUAGUGGUUGUCUCUGAUGAUUACCUGCAAAGCAGGGAAUGUGACUUCCAGACUAAGUUUGCACUCAGUCUCUCUCCAGGUGCCCAUCAGAAGCGACUGAUACCCAUCAAGUACAAGGCAAUGAAGAAAGAGUUCCCCAGCAUCCUGCGGUUCAUCACUGUCUGUGACUACACCAACCCCUGCACCAAGUCCUGGUUCUGGACUCGCCUCGCCAAGGCCCUGUCCCUGCCCUGAAGACUGCCCUGGGACCGUGGGUGGGUGUGUGUCUAUCUCUCAGCCUCUGCGUGCACUUCUGCCCCUGCUUCCUCCUGCAGUGGUUGGGGUAAGCUGUGCUCCACUUGCCUCUUCAUUCCUGGAGAUGCCAACUCUGCAGACAUCUGUAGCCACUGUACCUAGCUGGGACAUGGCAUGUCAUGUCCUUUGUGGAACCAGUAGCUAUUAAGUGGCAUGUCCACAUGCUAGGUUGUCAGCCAAGACCAUGAAGUCCAGAGCCAGCUGGGACUAAGAGGACCGUGGAAGCAGCCCUGACCUGGCCACACAUAUUAAGCCUCAGUUUCUCCAUUUGACAACCAAGUAGGGUGGGCAGAACUGGCAGUAGCUAUGUUUGAAUCACUAUCGAUGUGCUUAACCUUGGACAAAGGUGGGACAUGCUUGUAUUCCUUUUCUCUCUUUUCCCCUCUUCAUUGAAACCAAACUCUGGAAAGAACCCAACAUGCCAGCAUUUGUGCCUUCGGCGAACCAGAGCAAGAAAGAGAGCUGCUUGAACUCGUAUAGCAAGAAAGCUGCAGGCGCAGUUCUUCCCUCCCAGGGGGUCUGUAUGCUUGUUAUCUUCAAGCUCUUCUCAGGGGAGAAAAUGUCAUGGUCUCAUAUCUCUGUCCCAGGGCAGACCCCAAGACCCUAAAUCUAAUAGAAAAUGUGUCUUUUCUACUCUACACCUAGCCAGGGCUGGGGGCAAGUUACCUUUUCUCAGGGUCUGGGGAGGGACUGGAGGCCCCUCUCUGCAUGAUCUUGACAAAGCACUUCGCUAACUGUGCACUUAUCCCCACUUUGAUAUGGGGGAAUAUAAUAUUUUUAAACAAUUUCAAAAAAGUAUCUUUCAUACCUAUUUUGUAUGCAUUGUGAAAAUUCCAAAAAGAGCUGAGAUAUGCCUAUAUUUGUUAUUUGUCUUCUGCAUCCUGGGUUUAUAAUAAAGAGUUCUCUACUUUUGGAA